AUGGCGGCUCCAUUUCCCAACGCUACGGCAUCUCAGCUGCGCUCCCUUGCGCGCACUGCUUAUAAGCAGUGCGAAGAACUCGAGCCUUUUACCGCCGAGUCGAUGGCCGCGGGCGCUGCCAUCCUGAACCACCAGUUCCGUGACCAGCUAGUGUACUUCGGCAUCCUCGAAGCUCUAACCCUGGAUCUCGCCUCACAUCCUAUCCCUUCCACCGCGGAGAAGGCUGUUAUCUUCCACCGAGGCACCGGCGACAUUUGGAUCGCGGUAUAUGCGCAGAAGGGUGAGCGCUUGGUCUUGGUAUAUGACGGUAUUGGAGGUGGGAGUGAAUGGAGGCUUUGA